GAGAAGAGGAAUCCGAGCCCCUGUUCAUUUCAGCACUAGACAGCGACCAUCCCGACUGCGAGGUGGCGUCUUGAAUAUCGGCGGUCUAACAAUGCAAACCGAACGAGCGAACAAACGGUCAGAGGAACGACGAUGCUGCAAGAAACGACGCGACUUCCUGCCUUGUGUGCCAGCUGUCGUUGCUGGGUGAUAUAUUACAAAUACCGAAUGUAGUAUUGCGCGCGUGGAGCAUCAUCAUCACCAUCAACAUCAUCAGCAGCAGCAGAAUCUUGAAACAAAAAAGGGACCUCAGCAGGUCUACAGUGUUGUGGGACCCCUAGGAGAAGGAAGGGAGGGGUGUGAGUACACCCUUACAGGAGAAAACAGACUGUCCCUUUGUUUACAUCAGGAUGGAUGUGAGGAUGCGGCGGUUCCGAGCAGUAGAGAUUUCACUCCUCAUAUGGAUAGUGAACGUGUUCCCAAAAAACGACUUGGCGCGCGCUGCAUCCCAGCGGUGUGAUGAGGUCCUGGCGAGUCCUCUCCCCUACAGCGCCUUCAGCAGCUCCUCUGUGUUGGCUCCUGAUUUUGGUGCUGGCUAUGCUAAACUCAACCGCAGAGUCGGAAACGGAGGCUGGUCUCCGCUGGACUCUGACGAAUAUCGAUGGCUGCAGGUGGACCUUCGGGGCAGGAAGCAGAUCACAGCCAUCGCAACGCAGGGUCGAUACAGCAGCACUGACUGGACUAAACAGUACCGGCUGCUCUACAGUGACACAGCAACUAACUGGAAGCCUUAUAGGCAGGACGGCAACAUAUGGACGUUUUCAGGUAACUGGAACUCGGAGCGAGUGGUGCGUCACGAACUGCAGUAUACCAUCGUGGCCCGAUAUCUGCGCAUAAUCCCGUUGGAAUGGAGCGCAGAAGGGCGAGUGGGGUUAAGGGUGGAGGUCUACGGCUGUGCGUACUGGGCCGAUGUGAUUGGUUUCGACGGACAGGGAGUGAUCUCCUACCGUUUCCGCCAGAAAAAGAUGAAGAUCCUGAAGGACGUUAUCUCGUUGAGGUUUAAGACCAGUAAAGGAGACGGGCUCCUGCUCCAUGGAGAGGGACAGCAGGGCGAUUACCUCAGUCUAGAGCUGCGCAGGGCCAAACUGCUGCUACAGAUCAAUCUGGGUAGCAAUCAGUACGGCUCCAUCCAGGGCCACACCUCUGUGUCCAGUGGCAGCCUGCUGGACGAUGACCACUGGCACGCCGUACGGAUCCAGAGAUACCGCCGCAGCGUGAACUUCACACUGGACGAACACACGCAGAGUUUCCGAACCAACGGCGAGUUUGACCAUCUCGACCUGGACUACGAGAUCAGCUUUGGAGGAAUGCCUGCAUCAGCCAAGCCCAGCUCAGGAGCUCCACAGAACUUCAUCGGCUGCAUGGAGGACAUCCACUACAACGGUGACAACAUCACCAACCUCGCACGAAGGAAAAGAGUCGACACAUCCAGCUUUCGUAACCUGACGUACACAUGCGGAUCCUCGCCCACGUUCCCAGCCUUCUUUAACUCCAGCAGCACUCUGCAGCUGAAGGGCCGCGUUGACGCAGACACCGUGGACGUGAGCCUGCAGUUUCGUACGUGGAGCCCUAGCGGCCUCCUGAUGUUCACUGCACUGAUGCCCGGGGGAGUGGAGAUCAGCCUGGUGGAGGGCAAAGUGGUGGUGCACAUCUAUAUCUCACAGGGAAAGAACACACGGGUAGACAUCUCCUCAGGUUCAGGUCUCAACGACGGCCAGUGGCACAGCGUUCGCUUCCUGGCUCUGGAGACCUUUGCGAUGCUCACCAUCAACGGUGACGAGAUGUCGUCUGUCAGAACCACUCUCCCCAUCCAGAUACGAGCUGAGGGAGAAUAUUACUUUGGAGGCUAUUUUCCAAGGACGGAUCUCUCACCGUCUCAGCGUUCCUUCCACGGCUGCAUGCAGCUCAUCCACGUGGACGAGAAGCUAAUGGACCUUCACGCUGUAGAGCAGGGAAUUUUGGGAAGUUUUGAGAAUGUCAGUCUGGACAUGUGUGCCAUCAUCGACAGGUGCGUCCCGAACCCCUGUGAGCACGGAGGCCGCUGUUCUCAGACCGCAGACGUGUUUAAAUGCUCCUGCGAUGGAACCGGAUACACCGGAGCGACCUGCUACACACCGAUCUACGAGCAGUCGUGUGAGGAGUACAAGCACCUGGGCCGACGCUCAGACUCAUACUGGAUCGAUCCGGAUGGGAGUGGACCCCUCGAACCCUUUAAAGUCACCUGCAACAUGACGGGUGAUAAAGUAUGGAUGAUGCUUACCAACAAUCUGCCGUUUGAGAUCAGAGUGACCUCUGCAUCUGCUCCUGAACAGGGAACGGUACUGAAACUCGGUUACAACGUGUCUACAGAGCAGAUAAACAUCAUCACCAGCAAUGCAGAGCACUGUGAGCAGUACAUAGCCUACAAGUGCCAAAAGUCCCGCCUCCUAAACUCACCAGACGGCCCCCCGUACACCUGGUGGGUCGGCCGCGGGAACGAGAAACACUUCUACUGGGGCGGCUCAGGGCCGGGAAUCCAGAAAUGCGCCUGCGGCAUCGAGCGUAACUGCACCGACCCGAACUUCUACUGCAACUGCGAUGCUGACCAGAGACAUUGGUCAUUCUGGCUUCCACUCAUUUCUCCUCUGAUUUUUUUGGUUUUAUUUUUUAUGUUUGUUUGUUUUUCAGAAACAGGACAGGUAGACAGCGUGCUUAUCGAGCGUUAUAACACUCCAGGCUUCGUCGGCUGCCUCUCCAGUGUGCAGUUCAACCGUAUCGCGCCUCUGAAAGCGGCGCUCAGACCUAACGCUCCGUCCACCGCCUCCGUCCAAGGCGUUUUGGUGGAGUCAAACUGCGGCGCUUUACCGCUCACCAUCCCCGCCAUGUCGGUGACCUUCGACCCCUGGCAGCCCCACUCAGCCGGAAUCCAGUUCCCCUUUGAUGAUGAGGGAGUAAACCGGGAUGGAGUGAACCGCGACUCUGCGAUUAUUGGGGGCAUCAUUGCAGUUGUGAUCUUCUCCAUCCUCUGCACGCUGGUGUUCCUGGUGCGCCACAUGUUCCACCACAAGGGCUCGUACCACACCAACGAAGCCAAGGGGGCAGAGUCAGCAGACUGCGCCGACGCCGCCAUCAUCGUGAACGACCCCGCCUUCACAGAGACCAUUGAUGAGAGCAAGAAGGAGUGGUUUAUUUAAGCUCCUGCUGCAUGAGGAGGAGAGGAGAGGAGAAGUACCAGGACACAUACUGACAGAGAGUGUGCACGAGUGUGUGUGUGUGUGUGUGUGUGUGUGUGUGUGUGUGUGUGUGUGUGUGUGUGUGUGUGUGUGUGUGUGUGUGUGUGUGUGUGUGUGUUGCAUCAUACGUACAGACGGACUCCAGGAGGAAGUGAAGUGUGUCCAGGAUUGUCGCUGUGUAUAAAACCUCACUUCGUCCUGUUCACACCUUUUUUGAUUUCCGUGGACUGACAAAUGGAAGCAACCGGAAUUAACCAUCAGAACAUGGACUUCUCCUGACUGCCUUCUUCACAAAACCUAAGAGCACAAUAGAGACAUACGUUACACAUGAUGACGUGAUUGUGUGUCGGUUUGUUUUCAGAGGUCCGGCGCAGGAGCAUGAGACAGGAAUGAAAUGAAUGAUGUUCCACACUGCUGCGUCUGUGUCCUUUAUGUUCUUUAACUUCUGUUUGUCCUGUAGUUGUGUUCAUCCCUGCAGUAUGUGUGUGUGUGUGUGUGUGUGUGUGUGUGUGUGUGUGUGUGUGUGUGUGUGUGUGUGUGUGUGUGUGUGUGUGUGUGUGUGUGUGUCUGGUUUAUUUUU